AUGGCGGCGGCCAAGAGGCCUCGUGGAGCCGGGCCGGGUCCGAAGAAGAAACGUGCCAGGAAGUCUCCGAAAGAGGGGAAGGAGCACGGUCCGUCCUCGGGGGCCGAUGCAGGGGCCGAGGUGCACCAAGUCCCGCCUCCUGUCUCGCAGGGCAAAUGGAAGAACAAAGAGAGAGUGCUUAUUUUUUCUUCCCGAGGAAUAAAUUUUAGGACCAGACAUCUGAUGAAAGACUUGCGAACAUUGAUGCCCCAUUCUAAAGCAGACACCAAAAUGGACAGGAAGGACAAACUUUUUGUAAUCAAUGAGGUUUGCGAAAUAAAAAAUUGCAACAAAUGCAUAUUUUUUGAAGCAAAGAAGAAACAGGACCUUUACAUGUGGCUUUCAAAUGCACCCCAUGGUCCAUCGGCCAAGUUUUUAGUACAGAAUAUUCAUACACUGGCAGAGCUGAAGAUGACAGGCAACUGCUUGAGAGGGUCCCGCCCCCUUCUGUCUUUUGACUCGGCUUUUGACCAGCAGCCACAUUAUGCAUUGCUAAAAGAGCUAUUUAUUCAGAUUUUUAGUACUCCGCAGUAUCACCCCAAAAGCCAGCCUUUUGUAGAUCAUGUCUUCACGUUCUCCAUAACAGACCACAGGAUUUGGUUUCGAAACUAUCAGAUCGUAGAAGAAGACGCCGCUCUGGUUGAGAUUGGACCUCGCUUUGUCUUAAACCUUAUCAAGAUCUUCCAGGGCAGCUUUGGGGGACAAACCCUGUACGAAAAUCCGCACUACCAGUCUCCAAACAUGCAUCGGCGGGCGAUAAGAUUGGCCACCGCAGCGAAAUUCCGAGAGAAACAGCAGAUGAAAGUGUUGCAGCAGGUAAAGAGAAAGGAGGAGAAGACCCUCGUCCCUGAAGAUCCCACGGAAGCAGUCUUUGCGACGCCAGCAGAAGAAAAGCCUGUGGAAAUCCAGCUGGUGAAACCGGAGCCCAAACCUAGCUUGAAGAAAAAGAAGAAACUGUUCCAACGGCAGAGGAAGCAGAAGAAGAAGCUUGGUAGAAUUGGGAGCGCAGAACAUCCCAAGAAAAAAUAAGCCAGGACUUGAUAAAGCAGACACGUUUGCUGCAGUUUUGUGACUAAUUUGUGUAUAGUAACUUUU